UGUCCUCCAAGAGGCAGUGCACGAAGCCGGCCAACGCGAUCUGGUCGCAUCACUAUCACAUAUUUAUUCUAAAUUUAAAACAAACUUUAUUCGAACAAAUUUAUUUAUUUAAACAAAAUUGAAGUGAUGACAGUGUAUUAAAAGUUUUAAAUUUAUUUAAUUUAUUUUUUAAAGUGUUUAUUUAUCGACGAAAAAAUGUGGAAAAGUUUGGUGUUUUUUGUGUCCGCUUUAAUUUGGAGUUUCGUGUCAUCACAAGACUGCACAACUCCAACUGGCAGCCGGAGUAAUUGCGUCUCUCUCUACCAGUGUCAGCCUCUUUACAAUGCCUUUGAACAGCGUCCACUGCCCACCCACGUGGUCAGCUACCUGAGGAGAUCACAAUGUGGCUUUGAAGGUUAUGUACCCAGGGUGUGCUGCGGUCCUCUACCAGAAGAGCAGGAAGCUACAUCAGCGAGACCUACGCCUCGGCCAACCCAGGCUCCAACGCAAGGUAGCAGCGACGUGUUCCCCGAAGAUUCUUCACCAGCUCCAAGAAACCAGUGUGGAAUUGACACGACCGGAGACAGAGUUUAUGGAGGAACCAUCACAGACCUGGACGAAUUCCCCUGGAUGGCGCUGUUGGGUUAUAGAACAAAAAAGGGAACCACGUCGUACCAAUGUGGCGGUGUUCUGGUCAACCAUCGUUAUAUCCUGACAGCUGCUCACUGCAUCACAGGAGCUAUCGAGCAGGCCGUAGGAACUUUAAUCACUGUUCGUCUCGGUGAAUACGACACUCAACAAGAUGUGGACUGUAUUGACACGGUCUGUGCUGACCGUCCUCAAGAGAUUCGAGUGGCUUCUGCUUACCCCCACCCUGGAUACUCUGACAAGAACAAAAACAGGCAGGAUGACAUCGGUAUCGUGAGGUUGGCUACCAGAGCUGCUUAUACAUACUACGUCCAGCCAAUCUGUCUGAUAGAUAACCGAGCACGUUUGGACACCGGCAGCGAUGUGUACGUCGCUGGAUGGGGUAAAACCCUGAAUGGUCGCAACAGCCCCAUAAAACUGAAGCUUAAUCUCCCAAUAUUCAACAAACAAGAAUGUGACGAUAAAUACAGAGGUCUUGGUGCUAUUCUUAGUGAUAACCAGAUCUGUGCUGGAGGAGUAUUCGCAGAGGAUGCGUGCAGAGGAGACUCCGGUGGCCCUCUGAUGAAGAAGACUCCGAAUGGAAUCUGGGAGGUUGUCGGUGUCGUGUCCUUCGGUUAUGGCUGCGGUAGAGACGGCUGGCCAGGAGUUUAUACCUCGGUGGCUAGAUACAUAGACUGGAUCCAAAACACUAUUGCAUCGUCCAAUGUCUAAUGCCAUUAUUACUAGUCUAUCUUGGAUGCUCCGAAACUCCAAUUCUCACUCAACAGUUUCGGACCCAUCCAAUGUUCUUGUGUCAUGUGAUGUAAUACGUUUUUAAUUUUAGUCAAAUACAAUUUUUAUAAGGAAA